AUGAGACACGCGGCGGAAUUGACGAUAGACGGGAGGUUUGGAGACACCUUAGAGUCUAAAGAUUUCAAAUUGAGUAGGACUAAAACAGAGUACAUGGAGUGCAAAUUCAAUGUCGCAUCACAUGAGGCGGAUGUGGAAAUGAGGAUUGACACGCAGGUCAUCCCUUGGUUAAGAAGCUUCAAGUAUCUUGGGUCAAUAAUCCAAGGAAACAGGAAGAUCGACGAUGAUGUUACACAUCAUAAUGAAGCAGGGUGGAUGAAAUGGAAUCUCGCAUCUGGUGUUUUGUGUGAUAAGAAUGUAUCACUGAGACUUAAAGAUGUUCUACAGAGUGAUUGCUAG